AUUCCUUCCUGCACAUGUAAUCCUGUUGGGACAAAUAUCUUACGGCAACGUUAGGCCGUGUGUUGUACUGCCAGCCAACAACUACAUUGAUCCGCGCCAAGAAAAUAACAACCUGGGGCACGGUCAUACCUUGCGGAACGCCACUGAAAGCGCGAAGUGUCUUCAGGCUAAAGGCAUGAACACUUCAUACAGCGUCUCCAUUGAAAUGGAGUCCAUGCAGUUUCAGCACGGGCCACGUAACUUGGGUGCGCCACCGGAUAAACAGCUAUACACAACAUGCACUUCUUCAGGUUCAUAUAUGCGCCUGCCACUUGCAAUACUGUGCGCCACUGGUCCGACAACGUGGCACUAUCAAGACCACUACAAAACAAGCUACGCACUUGACAAGAAAAAGAACUUUCUGAAUACUUUCGACACAAAGGAGUCACUCCAAUUCAAAAUUUGUGACGCCUGGCGCUACUACGGCAGCUCGAAGAUCGGCAUCAGCGCGUACAGCCUGGAGGCCGAAUUUCGCCACCCCAUUUUUCAGUGUCCGGGGGACAACUGGGCCCCCAACGGGUCACGGCUGCUGCUGGUGCAGGAGUUCCGAGAAUUUCUGAGAAGAGAGAGCAGCGGUCGAAACCCGAAGGCAACGUUUGUCGAUCGCUGCUUGCAGCUGAAAUGACUCGUCACGCACCAACUCCAAGCCUGCGACUGCGAAGUCUUCUCGCCAUCUUUCUGAUUUUGUCAGAAGUUAACGUAACCUUGUUAUGGUUCUUGAUCAGACAAGUUUUCAUGUUAUGUUUUUUAUAUAAAUUCACGCGUUUGCAGCUUUCUGUGGAUAGAUAUUGAAUAUUAGCAAUCGCACAUUAUCACUAUUUCAAUCGAAACCAGUGUUUGUUUUUCUUUGUGUACAUGAAGAGCACCUGUUCCUUCAACGGAAUCGCA